AUGUCAGAUAAAAUUGUAGUGUCUAGUGUGGUCUCUUCUUCAUCUCCAUAUGCGGCCAGCCCUGCUCUUCUCUUGACCAGCGUCGCCGCGCCUCACUGUGGCUGGCCGAAAGCACCGUCGACGAGCUCAACUGUGCUAGAAGCGUCGCUGCUCUCCGCAACGUUCCUCCCUUUGCGCAUUGCGACUACCAGACUGCGCCAACCUCCGCGACCAAGGCCUGCCACCAAACUGCCACACUACACCGUUGAGUGCUCAUCGUCACGUUGCCGCCGGGAACUCUGGCCGUCAUCGAAGGUGUCACCUGUGAGGGCCAAAACGCACGAACCACCUCCCUUACGACUCCUCCCGUGGUCGCACAAGGAUUCCGCCGUUUAUGCGCUUCACACUGCGUGCUUCACACUGCGCUUUCUAUCCAGAAAAUCCAAGAAAGACAAAAAGUCUAAACCAAAGAAUGAUGUGCACAACCAGGUGACCCCUCUUCCUGAGCUAAUUGCCGAGCCAACAAAUGCAAGAUCAAUGUCCUUUGUUGGAACACACGAGUACUUGGCCCAAGAGAUCAUCAAGGGUGAAGGGCAUGGAAGUGUUGUGGACUGGUGGACAUUUGGGAUAUUCCUAUAUGAGUUUCUGUUUGGUAGAACACCAUUCAAAGGUCCUGCAAACCGUGCAACUUUGUUCAAUGUAAUUGGUGAGCCUAUAAGAUUUCCAGAAUCUCCAAUUGUUAGCUUUGCUGCCAGAGAUUUGAUCAGAGGUUUGCUUGUGAAGGAGCCCUAG